AUGAAUGGGCCUACUACUAGUGAUGACGUGAUUGCCGUCGUUCUGGCUGUGACUGGGCCAAAGCUGCAGGCCAUUGAUGAUCUUGGAAAUGAAGGACCGAAUCAGAUCAUUUUACAGCGAUACCCUGCUCAGUUGUAUAAUAAUAAAAAUCGCUCCUUUGUGUCUUCAUGCAUCAAGACAGAGUUUGGAACAAAGCAGUCUCCAUAUGUGCAGUUAAGCUUUUGGGGAAUAUCAGUUUCAGUUGACAUUUUAGCACUGACCACUGCUUGUAAGAUGGACCUGUACAGAUUUCCCUUUGACACCCAAAUCUGCAACAUAACACUUCACUCUGCAGUGUAUACAAAGGAGGAGCUUACCAUUAAUCCAUUCUCUAAUAACAAAAGCCUUUCCCAAGAGUCAAAGGAGUUAUUUCAGGCCCAGGGAGAGUGGGAACUCCUCAGUAUAGAUAUUUCUGAUUAUACAUCCAACUUUCUAUGGAAUUCACAGGAUCUGCUGAUAUAUCAGAUCACCAUCAAGAGGAGACCUCUACUGUAUGUCAUGAACAUUAUCCUACCGGUGUUUGUAUUCCUUGUGCUGGAUGUGAUGUCCUUCUUCAUAGACGCAAGUGGAACAGAAAAGCUGAGCUUUAAAGUAACUUUACUGCUGUCUGUUUCUGUGUUGCUGCUGAUACUCAAUGACACGCUGCCCUCUACAUCUGACAAACUCCCACUGAUUGGGAUUUACUGCAGUGCGAUUUUCAGUCUCAUCGGCAUCAGCAUUCUGGAGACCAUCCUUGUGAAUCUUUUGAAGGCUAAAGGAGCAGAGAAGAGAUCAGUGGAAACAACAGCUGCUAUUACUGGUCAAGAUAAUGUAGAAGACCUGCAGAGCCCUCCAGACUCAGUUAGAGAUCAGGAUGGGAUGCAGAGAUCACUGUGUUGGACCAGAGUGGCAAGAAUCAUAGAUGUGACUUUCUUGGUUCUUUACAUAAUCACCGUUAUUGUGUUUCUGUCUGUUCUCAAGAGGAUUUGGUUUCUAUAG